ACUUCUCAGCUGGCAGACAUUUAAAAGGGAGACAGUCCGGCGCUGGAGCAAUUUGUAUUAAACCCCCCUGGCCCCUGUCUAUGGAGCGGUUAGUCUCCCACCUAUCAGCAGUCCCACCAGCGUACAGUCGACAGCAGUAGGCGCUGAUCACCUCUGACGGUGCCGCGGAGGACUGACAGGAUCUUAUCAUCGCACUUGAGGCAGAGGAGGCUCGCGCAGGUGAGGGAACAUGUCGCGUAAUGUCGUGAGAUAUAUUCGCUUUAUUGUUCAAAGAAAUAACAGAACGUUAUGAUUUUAUCUGCUGAUUUCAGUGUAGACACAUUAGGAUUGUUUAAUGACGGUAAAGAGUGGUGGAUCUUUUGGUUAUGACUAAAAAAUCAUUUGUCUUUGCGUAAUGGUGGGGUCUAACAUAUGGUCUUAUAAAGUGUUGGAGGAAAGUAUCUCAUUCAUCUACUCUUUCAUGAAUCAAAUAAUACAGUUACUUCGUUUUCACUCUACGUGUCUGUACUGCACACGUGUUGUAAAAAUGCAAGGUACUCCAGCGCGUUAUUACGCAGCGUAAAAGCUUUGACAGCUGUGCGUAAACCGCCCAGGGUUGAAACGGUAUAGAUGAUGAAUUGUUUUCCUUCUCUCUCUCAGGAUGGCCGGCUCGACGCGUAUCCUCUGCAGUAUGGUUUUCAUCAUCGGGUUGCUUUCCUCUCCCGUGGAUUCCAAAAGAAACCGAGGUUCACAAGGCGCCAUCCCUCAUCCUGACAAAAACAACCCAAACGAAUCGGAGCAGCAACCGCAGCCUCCGCAGGCGGGCUCCGGGUCCCGGCAGAGGCAGGGCUCAUCCUCACCGGCCGACGAGGUGCUGGAGUCGAGCCAGGAAGCUCUACACGUGACGGAGCGCCAGUAUUUGAAACGGGACUGGUGCAAGACGCAGCCGCUCAAACAGACCAUCCACGAGGAGGGCUGCGUCAGCCGCACUAUCAUCAACCGCUUCUGUUACGGACAGUGCAACUCCUUUUACAUCCCCCGGCACAUCCGCAGGGAGGAGGGGGCUUUCCAGUCUUGCUCAUUCUGUAAGCCGAAGCGUUUCACCACCAUGACUUUCACUUUAAACUGUCCGGAUCAACAGCCUCCCACCAAGAAGAAACGCAUCCAACGCGUCAAACAGUGCCGCUGUAUAUCCAUAGACCUGGACUGAAGGCGCACAGAAACAGUGUGCGCCUCUCGUUGUCGUUUUCUUCAUGAACUGGAUUGUUGGUAGCAAAAUAAAAGAAAGUUACAGACAAGAGCACGUGCCUGUCUCUACUUCGGAGGAAGCAUCCAUUAGCGCAUCCCACACAUAGGUCACACGGAUUCUUCUCCUACAUAAUGUAACAGAAAUAUGGACAAACGACCUCGAAUGAGAUGCUUUACGGCAGCGACCAUCUCUACUACUCACCACUUUGCAAAAUUAGAAAACAAGCAUCACUGCACGAAGACGCUGACUUGGAAUGGGCACGUUUAACGCACGGCUUCCUCACUUGAUGAGCACUGCAUAACCCGGUUAUUUAAUAAAUCACUGUUUAAAACUUUGUGACAGGAAGUCUUUCCUGCUCAUUGUUGUAUUUUUGUGUGAAUAUUUCUUAGUUAAACUGGAGGUUUCCACCGUGUGGAAUUAGAUGGACGAUGUUUGUAAAUGGAAAAUGUGAUUUUGUUUUUCUUUCUUUUUUUUUUUUUACAAAGGUAAACGGACAUGUUUGGAUUUAGGGGGAUUCUUUUGUAAGUUUUGUAACAUGCUACUUUUUGAGUUCGGAUGGAAAAUGUACAGUGAUGAUUUUUACAGUAUCGAGAUAAAAUAGUUGUUGAAUAUUCAGCCAACCUUAAUGUAACCGGUUUGACUCUCCCUCUGAUUAAAUUACCCCUGGAGAAAUCUAAUAAACAGUCUUUGGGAUAGUAUAAAAAAAA